CUGAGCAAACAUGAUUACGGCGAGUUUAUAUUUGCAUGUUCUAGUAUACCACCUGGGCCAAAAUGCUUAUAAAAAGACGUCGACGGGGUGCCAAGUUGUUCGUUUCGUUGCUCCUGGUCGUGUGGGCAGUGUCUAUAUACCGGCAGUAUUUGAAAAGCGCUAAUGACAUUGCAAAUCAAUGGCACUACUACCUCAACCCAUUGGAAGGCACUGAAUUCAUGAACAUGCAUCGAGACAUGUUUGAAUUGACCAUUGAUACACCGGACCCGAAAUUAAUUGGCGAAGGUAAAGAUCUUUUCAAACCCCGUUUAAAAAAGGUCCGACACUUUGACAACAAUAUCGUCCUUUUCUCUGCCGUCGCCGGAAACUCAUCGUCUGAACAUAUCUGGGACACGAUCGACAUCGUGGGAUGGGAGAAUAAAAAUCUAAUCCGCAAUACGUACAAGUGCUGUGUGCGGUAUACAUCCGGUGAAGUGCAGUCGGUGCCGGCGACCAGGAUCAUAUGGUCGAAUAUUUUGUCGAACAUGUCGGCCAUGCAGUUUGUCUGCUCUAACCUUACCUCCCGAUUCGGAGAGCUACCAGAAGUUGCAACCCUAGAGGGCCGCAAUAAGAAGUGCCAUAGCUUAUUCGACUGGUACCUACCCGUGACAUUCGCGCAUGCGCACAAAAACGAGAUCGCCGUUUGUUAUAAGAUCGCCUACGGCAGCCUGGCAGCAGACGACCUGCUCAGCUGGUUCGAGCUGCAUCGACGGCUGGGCGUCACCAAGGUGCUCGUGUUCACUCAUGACCUGAACCCUGAGGCGACUCGGGUACUGCAGUACUAUCGUGCGCUCGGAAUGGCUGAUACAGUUCCCUUCGCAUACCCAACCGAUGGACGAAUUGUUCGCCAAAUAUCCCGACGCCGCGGGCUUCACGUUUCUCGUGAAAAUUCACAUUAUCUCACCGAACUUGAAGAGCACUGGCUCGCAAUUCAAGGUAGGACAGUACUUGAACAGCACGCGCCCUUGGAAAGACCGGGUGAAGCACGUGACCAUGCCUGAUCGGGUGUAUUCUGGCGGAUUGCACACACACUGAAUAUAACGUCAAGGCCGGGUUCAAAAGUUAUUGGGCGAGCGCGGAUGACGCCGUCAUUCACCACUUCCGGGCCUGUCGCUUGAAAUGGCAAGGGGGGCAUUGCACGUGCUCUAGGUGUGAACAAACAUUAGACGACACUGUCGCAAAACUUUUCGAGAAAAUAGAACCGGACGUGUUAAAACUGAAAGCUAAACUAUUUGCUUAAAUACUAGAGUUGCGACACCUUAAGGAUUUCGCGGGAUGGAAUGAGUGGGAACUAAAAAAUGUGGGUACGAAAAUUUUGGGUAAAAAAAUGUGAGAACGAAAAUUUUGGGUACGAAGAAAAAACUGUGGGUAUGAACAUUUUGGCUACGAAGAAAAUGUGGGUACGAAAACAUUAUGUUCAAAUAAAUUCGGGUAAAUAAAAAUGUUUGGUCUGAAAAAUAUUGGUACGAAAAAAAUGGGUAUAAAAUUUUGGGUACGAGAAAUUUAUGCCAAAAAUAAUUUAGGAGCGAAACAAAAUUUGCUAACAAACAUUGUGGGUAAGACAAAAAUGUGGGUACGACAAAAAAUGGGUACGAAAUGUUUUGUUGAACAAAUGUGGGUACUAAAUCAUUUUAUUAUGAAGGAUUUGAUGGCCUGUAAGUAUACCGGGGUACCCAAAAUUAUCAUUUUAAAUUGGUGUCUGGUGAAGUAGUCUUCAAAGUACCCGGGGUACGGGGAAGAAGUACCUUGACAAAAAUUAUAUGAAUGUAAAAUCAAACCCCGUUGUUGUUUACUUUUCAAGCUCAGUUUGUUAGAAAUAAAUGGCUUUCUAAAAUUUCUCGCACGGAAAUGGUAUAUACAAUUCAACUUGUCGGACAAAGUCCAGUACACAAUUAUGUCUAUUUUGUCAUAUCUAUUCGAAAAACCACACGCUGUACAAAAUACAGGCGUUUGUAUUGAUGAUAUUUAAACCGAAUAAUUUCUCCUUUGUAUGUUCAAUUGAUACCAAAACACUAAAAAUGAUGUCUAUUCUAAGUUUGCUGUCUUAUUGUACCCUAAAUUUAUAAAUGUUACUUGCAUAAUUAAAUUUUCAGAAACCUUA